CGACACAAAAAUAUCAUGAUAUUUCUUUCCAUUUCUGUGGUUAAAAACAGCAAUACUUCCUAUACUGUAGUAGUCUAUAAAUAACAUUCCAGCUUACGAACAUGUAAAUCUUUUCUUUAUUCUUCUUCUUAAUUAAUAAUUAUUAGGGUUUGAAUGGAGAAAAUGGAGGGAGGCGAGGAGGAUGCUACGGAGAAAGGAUUGUUAUUGGUAAAUGACGAAGAGAUCAAUGCAAAUACAACUCCACUUCUUUUCUUCUCCACCUUCAUCAUUGUCUCCGCCUCCUUCACCUAUGGCGCUGCCAUGGGUUAUACUGCAGAUACAAUGCACUCCAUUAUGACAGACUUGGAUCUUUCUCUUGCACAAUUUUCGCUGUUUGGUUCGCUCUCGACGUUUGGAGGAAUGUUCGGUGCAGUAUUCAGCGCCAAAGCUGCAGCUACCUUCGGUUAUAAAAUGACGUUGUGGCUCGCUGAUAUAUUCUGCGUAAGUGGCUGGCUUGCCAUUGCACUAGCCAAGGAUAUUAUUUGGCUUGACAUGGGACGGGUUUUGGUGGGAAUUGGAGUUGGUCUCGUUAGCUACGUGAUUCCUGUAUAUGUUGCCGAAAUAACACCCAAGCACGUACGAGGGGCUUUUACAUUUAGUAAUCAGCUGUUGCAAAACUUUGGAAUCGCAAUCGUAUAUUACUUUGGAAAUUUCGUGUCAUGGAGAACUUUAGCCUUAAUCGGUAGUAUUCCAUGUUGGAUACAAGUUAUUGGUCUGUUCUUCAUACCUGAGUCUCCCAGAUGGCUGGCGAAAAACGGCCGUGAUAAAGAAGUUGAAGCAGUUCUUCAAAAGUUAAGAGGACCAAACUAUGAUAUUGUGCCCGAAGCUUGUGAAAUCAAGAUUUCAGUUGAAGCUUCAAAACAAAGGUCGAAUAUCAGCAUUCGUAGUCUUUUCAGAAAGAAAUAUGCUCAUCAACUUACAAUAGGCAUAGGUUUGAUGGUUCUGCAACAGUUAUGUGGAUCGGCUGGAAUAGGUGGCUACGGAACCACUAUAUUUAAUCAUGCCGGGUUUCCUUCUCGGAUUGGGAUGAUGGUGUUGUCUUUUAUCGUCGUACCGAAAUCUUUUAUGGGUCUACUCCUUGUGGAUCGAUGGGGAAGACGUCCACUUCUUAUGGCUUCAGCAUCUGGGUUAUGUUUGAGCUGUAUCACAUUAGCAGUAGCGUUUGGAGUUAAAGAUGACCCGGAGCUUGGAAAAAUUACUCCAAUUCUCUGUUUCAUUGGAAUAUUGUCAUUUACGAUGAUGUUUGCAAUUGGGAUGGGAGCGUUGCCGUGGAUUAUAAUGUCUGAGAUAUUUCCAAUGGAUAUAAAGGUAUUAGCUGGGAGUUUAGUGACCAUAACCAAUUGGUUCACUGGUUGGAUCGCCAACUAUUGUUUCAAUUUUAUGUUCUUUUGGAGCCAAACAGGGACAUUUAUAAUAUCCGCUGCAGUAUGUGGAGGAACAGUUGUAUUCACAUGGUGGUUGGUGCCGGAGACUCGAGGAUUGACGCUAGAAGAAAUCCAACUAUCGUUUGGCAAUAUUUAGGGUUAAUCAGAUCGAGAUAUAUUCAAUACAUAAAAAAGGUUGAUAUAUCUAUUGUAAUAUUCUACAUCCUUUGCUAAUUUUAGUAGAAAGUUUCCAUUGUGUAAUUUAAUUCAUAAGAUUUAUUUUUGUAAAAUAAUGUAUACUAUUUUAUUUUAUUUUGGUUUGUAACACACAUUACAGAUUCGUAUUCAGAUGAUGAAAUUGCACAAGUAUAAGCUUGUUUCUA